AUGGAUACUUUAAUCCCCACAAAGGACCUUCUCAAGCAAUUACAAGAUGCCGGAGUUGCAUAUGAAGAGAACAAGGAUGGCGCGCGUGAGAGGCUGAUGAGCCUCUGCUAUACUCUGAUUGCUUCGUUGGAGUCACCCGGCGAAUCACUCCAGCGAAUGGGUUGGGCCGAACCUGCUAGGAAUGCUGAUUGCCGAGUCGCAGUUGACCUCAAGCUGUUCGAACUGAUGAGGGAGGAUGAGGAGAUUGGUGUGCAGGGGGUCACUGUUAAAGAGCUUGCAGGAAAGGCCGGAGCUGAUGAAGUUCUCAUUUGUGAGAUGACUACCAUUGCUUCCUAUGAUAUGGCCUGGCUGACGAUCAGACUGGUCGAGCGGUUCGACCCAUCCAAAGGCGACGGCGUCCUCUUAGUUGCCAUGGGAAAUGCUCGUGGCAACGAUGGAUUUCUUCGAAAGGUCCGUGAAUUAUUCCGCGGCCACCGCGGCAGACUCAUCUUACAAGCAACUGAAGAGGUUUUCAUUCAAGUUCUUUUAUCCGGCUACGUUGGUAUCUUCCAGACCAUGCCUCAUGAUAUUUCCGAUCCACAGCCUGUCCAAAAGGCCAGGGCAUACUACCUGCGUACAGCCCUGCGAGGAAAGAGUGAGCAAGUAUGCGUCAACAUUCUUGAGCAGUUGAAGCCGGCCAUUGAGCCUGGGUACUCGGUUGUGCUGCUAAACGAGGUUAUCGUUUCUUCCCAGCACGCGCCCUGGCGAGUCACAUCCGUGGAUCGUGUAACAGGCGUGACAUUCGCAAAGAAGGAGCGGACGGAAGAAGAGAUGGCCAGGAUCAUCGAAAAGGCGGGCUUCAAGAUACGGAAAACGCAUCGCUAUCCAAUGGCGUGUUCGAUCCUGAUCGAAAUUAUCCUUGACUCGGAACCUUUGAUCGAGGACGGAUCCGAAGACGAUGGUGCAAUGGAAACUGCAAUAGACCCAGACCCUGGUAUUGAUGCCGAUGUGGAUAUGGAAGAUUGCAUUGUAGUCGCUACAGACUAA